CUAGAAUCCUAUUCCCAUUCUGAAUUACCUCCAAUGAACACCACAGCACACUCUCAUGCACAUAUAAGUACACCCCAAAACAUGGCCUCCCUUGAGACACCACCCAAUCACCAUUGCUGCUCCCUGGGGUUUCCAGCAGGGGCGCCAAUGGUGAAGUUCUCCAAGAAGUUCGAGGCCCAGCUCGUGCCGGAAUGGAAGGAGGCCUUUGUGGACUACUGGCAGCUCAAGAAGGACGUCAAGAAGCUGCAGACCCCGGUCGGGGGCGGUGCCAUGGUGCCAGCAGUGGCAUCACCGUGGUUGCACCAAAAGCCACCAACGGCCGCUCACUGGGUGAUGAGGUUGCCGUUCCUCCACUCCCAUGGAAACCACAGGGAGCCUGCUGCCAUUCAGGUGCACAAGAAGCUGAUGAUGGAUGGGAGCAUCGACGGUGCAGUCGCCGGGGAGGUUUACGAGACGGGGGUGGAAAAUGGGGCCGGGUUUGUGGACGCAGAGGCCGCCAAGGCCUUUUUUCAGAGGCUGGACCAGCAGUUGAACAAGGUGAACAGGUUCUACGAGAGGAAGGAGGGGGAGUUCCUGGAGCGUGGCGAGUCGCUCAGAAGGCAGCUGCAGAUCCUCAUCGAGCUCAAGGCCGCCAUCACCCAGCAGCAGCAGACACGGCACGGUGGUGGGUCCUCGAAAGGGAGCGCCGACACGGAUGAUCUCUCCAUUUCUUGCUCCAUCCAACUUGGAGACCAAUCUCUAAGGGGCAUCGCAGAGCAAGAAGAAGAUGGCCAAGAAACAGUAACCAAAGAUGUAACUGCUAAAAGCACAGAUGAAGGACUUGAGGACCAGCUCUCCAUCUCUCAAGGUCUUGGCGAAUCAGGGAGACUUGGCAGGCCAAAUGAAGAAGCUGCCCACAAGCUGAGGACACUCUCAGGGAGGGUGGUCACCUGCCAGGGCAGGAACGUGAGGAUCAAUAUCCCAGUCACCACGCCGUCAAGGACCGUCACUGCCAUAUGCGAACUACUGUUUGAGGACAUGCUGAGCCAAUCAAAGAAGACUGGCACACAUGGUAGUGAUAGCAAUGAGAAAUUGAGCAUCAACAAGAGGAAGUUACGCCAGGCAGAGAAGAUGAUCAGAGGUGCUCUGGUUGAGCUAUACAAGGGAUUGGGAUACCUCAAGACUUACCGGAGCUUGAACAUGAUGGCCUUUGUGAAGAUCCUGAAGAAAUUUGACAAGGUUACAGACAAGGAAGUGCAGCAAAUUUACCUCAAAGUAGUGGAGAGCUCCUACUUCAAUAACUCUGACAAGGCAAUCAGGCUAAUGGAUGAUGUCGAAGAGCUUUUUGUGAGACAUUUCACUGAAGGUGACAAAAGGAAAGCAAAGAUGUAUCUGAAGCCAAAUCAGAGGGAAGAAUCACACUCUACCACGUUUUUCAUUGGAUUAUUCACUGGUGGCUUCUUAGCACUAUCCAUUGGUUACUGUAUCAUGGCACACAUUGCUGGAAUGUACACUCAGCAGUCUAAUAAGGUGUACAUGUCAACAUCCUAUCCUGUCCUUAGCAUGUUCAGCCUCUUCUUUCUGCAUCUCUUCCUCUAUGGAUGCAACAUUUUCAUGUGGAGAAAGACACGCAUAAACUACACAUUCAUAUUUGAAUUCGCACCUACUAAAGAGCUCAAGUACCGUGACGUUUUCUUGAUAUGCACCACUUCCAUGACUAUUGUUGUUGGUGUAAUGUUUGCGCACCUGUCAAUCAUUGUUAAAGGAAAUUCAUCAACUGCAGUCCAAGCAAUACCAGGGUCCCUACUUUUGGUGUUCUUGUCAAUAUUAGUCUGCCCCUUGAACAUAAUCUACCGAUUGAGUCGUUAUCAAUUCCUUAGAGUUAUCAGAAACAUCAUCCUGACCCCCUUUUACAAGGUUGUCAUGGUUGAUUUCUUCAUGGCUGAUCAGCUCUGCAGCCAGGUACCGGUGCUCAGGAGCCUGGAGUAUUUGGCAUGUUACUACAUAACAGGCAGCUACACAACACAAGACUAUGGAUACUGCACAAGGGUUAAACAUUUUAGAGACCUGGCUUAUGCAGUAUCCUUCCUGCCUUACUACUGGAGAGCCAUGCAGUGUGCAAGGAGAUGGUUUGAUGAAGGAGAUAUAAACCAUAUUGUCAACCUUGGGAAGUAUGUGUCAGCAAUGGUUGCUGCAGGAACAAAAGUGGCCUAUGAGAACAAUAACAGUCCUGGAUGGUUGUCACUUGUUGUCAUUGUAUCAAGUAUUGCAACUAUCUACCAACUGUACUGGGACUUUGUCAAGGAUUGGGGUCUUCUGCAGUUCAACUCCAAGAACACUUGGCUUCGUAAUGAUUUGAUACUUAAACAAAAAUACAUUUAUUACUUAUCCAUGGGUUUGAACCUUGUCUUGAGACUUGCUUGGCUUCAGACUGUCAUCCACCCUAACAUUGGAAGCUUGGAUUCUAGAGUAACUCUGUUCUUUUUAGCAGCACUUGAGGUGAUCCGACGAGGUCACUGGAACUUCUACAGGUUGGAAAAUGAACACCUAAACAAUGCAGGGAAGUUCAGAGCUGUGAAGAUUGUUCCACUUCCUUUUCACGAAGUGGCAGAGGACUAACAAAUAGGUUCAGAAUACAAACACUUCAGGUGUAACACCAACUAAUGCUAGAAAGCAUGCACUACAGUACCAUAAGAAUAUUCAUUUUUUGGUGUAAGGAAUAGAGGGCUCCCACAUGGUCGAUAUGGAGAAGUUGUAUGCUAGCAACAAACAGUUUACAUAGAAUGCAGGAGUUCCUAAAAGUUUGCCAAGCAAGAAUUGGUACUGAUACCAUAUGAAAUUGACAAUUGUUAGUAAAUCCGAACGAUCAGAAGCAGCAGCUCAUCUCUAAUGUUGUUCUUUUAAUAUUUUGGCAUCUCAAUCACUUUGUAUUCCCUUUGCUUCGGAAAUGUAAUUAUAUCAAUUAAUGGAACUUCCAAUCUUUCGUCAUGCAUAAA